AUGCGCGGCGCGCCCGCUCGCCAGGAGCAGGACGGUGCCAGGCUCGCGCCGGCGCCGGCUCGGAGACGAAUCAGAAGCAAGAGCACGGCGGACGACGUCGGCGAGGGCUGGGUUUGCCUCGCGGCCGAGCAGCGCCAGCCCCACGAGCUCGCGGACGUGGGCUCGGCGGAUGCACCUGAAUCCCCGAGCGGCGACGAGGGCGAAACAGCAGUGCGCGCAGAGUUGUUCGAGUGCCUGGAAAAGGAAGUCAAGAGUUACGCUGCGGGGGUGACGCUCCUGCGCCCCAAGCGGGACAGCGAGGGCGUCAAACUGAAAUUUGCUUGCGGCCUGUGCCCGUUCCGAUCGUUCACGACGCAGGCGCUCUUGGCCGCGCACGUCUCCAAGUACCACCUCAGAAAGACGCGCUUCGUGGCCUCGGGCACGAAGCAGUUCAAUGUCGUGUGCGCGUUGUUCGACAACGACCGGCUCCUGCGAGCCCCAACAGGGAACCUGCUGAAGCGAUCUGCGACGAUCCUGCGGGAGACAGUAUCUCCUGCUGUUCAUCGCGGACAGAACGCCAUUGACAAGGACAUCGUCCUGGUCCUCGACGACGACGGGCCGUCGCAUCAAAACAAGGCAGCAGUCGGGCAAAAUCUCGCGUGCAGACGAGUGGGGUACACAUACUAUACCCGUGGCUUCGCCGAUAUCCUGUUGCAGGAGUCCUUGCGCCAUCAUGGGCGCGUUCGCCCGACGAUGCUGCGGACGUGCGCUCGCGUCGUGGAGCAGGGCUCCGAGCUGAGCAGCAUGUUGCCGACGCGCGUUGAUCACUGGCUGAAGCUUAUGGAAGACGCGUUCAACAGCGCGCACGUAGAGAGGCGCAGCACUGCGUUGAUGGAAGAAUGCCACCGGCAUGAGGAAUUCCUCCACGUCUCCAUGGACGCCACUAUCCGAAUUCUGCGCAGGGUCAAGGGCCAGGCGGAUUAUCGGUCCGCACAAGCAGUGCGCGACGCUGCACCCGUGCCGGACGUGGACGCCAAGCGCCGCGUCCUGACUCUCGCGGGCAGGACGACUCCUUCAGCUAUCGGGUUCUACUCUGGCGACGAGGGCGCUGAUGAAAUAGCUGAGUCCAUUGCAGCUCGUUGGUCGGCGGCGUGCAGAUUGCAGACGGCGUCCGUCGCCAGUGACCAGCCGAGCAGCGCGCUAUUCCGCGCCUUGCGAGAUUCAUGUUUUCCUGGACUAUCAGUCUUGAGUCUCGACCCAGUUCAUCUGCCCAUCACGUACGAGGAGACGCACUGGAGAAAAAAGACGGUGGGAUCGCGACUAUUGCGGAUUCUAAUGGUCAAGUUUACGAAGGUGGAUUGCACGCUACCCGCGCAAUACUGGGGGGCGCCGUUCGACGGGACGAACGCCCCAGCUCUGCGGCCAAUAGAAGAGCGCGCGCGAGCACAGAUACUCGAUCAUUCAUUCGCGAAGUCGCGAGCUCAACAUGUGAUCGACCACGUGAACGCCGAGCUGCCAUGGAAAACAACGCAUGAGUUCAUCGAGUCUAUCGCCGCGCUGAGCGCGUUGGUUCCAGAAGAGCUUGCUCGCCGCACCCACGUGAACAACGUUCAACUCAAGAGGUUGCUUUACAAUGCGACCGCCCCUGCUCGCAUGCAAUGGUUCUUCAAUAAUCAGCGAUUCAGGCAUUCCUUGCCGGCGGCGCGCUUGCCUUUGUUGGGGUCUGGCACGUCCGUCAACGAAUCCUUCAACCACGAGAUCAACACGUGGUUUCGCAACCAGGGGGACAUCUACGCUUCGACGGCGGAGCUUCAACUUAGGAUUGGGUUUCUGGGGAAGCUGCAAGCCCACAGUUGCGCGCUGUAUUCCCCGACGCUGCGGCAGCUGCGACAGGCCAACGUGCUAUCGCGAAGCAUUAUGGCCUGGGCUUUUCCCCGAGAUGACUGGAAGAGUUACUGCGCGCUCCAGGCGCAGUGCGGCACCGACGUCCUGGCGCCUGCGCGACUUCCGCUCCGCGAAGCCCGACAAAGAGUCGCGCGGCUGAUUGCCGAGCGCGCCGCGCGCGUUCGGGGGAAGCCAGCGGCGCGCGAGGCCGCGCCUGCCGGGCAGCGCGGUGCUCAGAAGAAGCCCGCUGCAAGGGCGCUCUUGGACAGUCUGCGCGAUCGUAGAGAGCCUAGGAUCAAGAGAACAGCUUUCACUUUGAAGCGCAAGCCUGCGUCGCGCGGGGCCCCUGGCCAGGCUCCCGCCGCGCGCACUUGCCAGCGGUGA